AAGAUUAGGGCAUCCCUAGCUAGUUUCAUAUUCUUAAAUCUCUAUCUAGUUCUUGGCGGGCGGCUCAAAUUCAUCAUAUUGGCGGUGGAGGGAGCUUGAUUGAUGGAAGAAGGCGAAGCAGAAGAAGGUGAGAGGAAAACGCCCAUUUUUAGAGACGUUAGAAGAUACUUCUGUGAGUAUUGUGGCAUAUGUCGCUCCAAGAAGUCGCUCAUCUCCUCUCAUCUUCUCUCUAAACAUCAGGAUGAAAUUGAACGCAAAAACAAUGAAGGGACUUUGUCUGAAGACAACAACGAAAAGCUGAAUACUUGUCAUGAGUGUGGAGCAUGUUUUCAGAAACCUGCUCAUUUAAAGCAGCACAUGCUCAGCCAUUCUCUUGAGAGGUCUUUUAGUUGUCCUAUAGAUGACUGUCAUUCUAGCUAUAGGAGGAAAGACCACUUGAAUCGCCACCUUCUUCAGCACCAGGGAAAGCUUUUUGACUGCCCUAUUGAAAGCUGCAAAAUCCAAUUUGCAUUCCAAGGAAAUAUUACAAGGCAUGUUAAUGAAUAUCACUGCGAGGAAUUGCCCUCUGAUAACAAUGGUGGGGCAAAAGAACAUUUAUGUCCUGAAAUUGGGUGUGGGAAGGUCUUUAAGUAUGCAUCGAAACUCAAAAAACACGAAGCUUCUCAUGUGAAGUUGGAGUCGGUGGAAGCAUUUUGUUCUGAACCCAGUUGUUUGAAGUAUUUCACGAAAGAGCAUUACCUGAAGGUCCAUUUGAAAGAAUGUCAUUCUCAAGUAAUAUGCGAUGUUUGUGGAACCAAACAUCUUAGGAAGAACAUUAAGCGGCAUAUGCGCACACAUGAAAGAGAUGAUGACUCGUCAGAAAGAAUUCCUUGUGAUUUCGAAGGGUGCUCACACACAUUUUCAACUAAAUCAAAUCUUCAUCAGCAUGUGAAAGCUGUGCAUCUUGUUCUCAGACCUUUUGUUUGUAGCAUGCCUGGUUGCGGCAUGAGUUUCCCUUUCAAGCAUGUUAGGGAUAAACAUGAGAAAUCUGGACAGCAUGUACAUACCGAUGGGGACUUUGAGGAGACUGAUGAAAUGUUCCGGUCUAGGCCAAGGGGAGGACGAAAAAGAGAAGUUCCAGCUAUAGAAACCUUAAUGCGGAAGAGAGUCACUCCACCGAACCAUUCCGAUUCAAUUUUUGGACAGGAGUCUGAGUACCUCUCAUGGUUGCUGUCUUCUGAAGCUGAUGACUGAAUGCACAUUCACACUCUGUUCUACCAUUCUUUUUAAAGGGUGUAAUGUGCCAAUUAAGAAUUUUGCCAUUUUAUUAUAAAUUGAGUUUGUUUAUCAUGUCUCACUUAUAUUAAGAAAGAUACUAAACAUUUUGUGUUUGGGAUGUAGACCGAAAAUGUAUGGGCAUAUAACUACUAAAAUGGUCUCGGCUUUGAAAUUGAGAACCGUUUAACUAGCAGUGAUUUCGGGUUUUGAAGUA